CAUUAUUAUUAUCAUUACUGUUAUUAUUCGUGCUUUGUGUUAACCAACAACAUCGUGCAACUGGCGAAAGUACGUGGAAAAAUCAGCAAAAUUGAAGACUUUGCGAGAAAUUUUUGGAAGUCCGUUAAGGCUUGCAUUUGCGGCAUGCGCCAUCCCACAACUGGCCUUAACGAAGACGACCUGAGUCGUCUCACUGGUUCAUCCUCCUCAUCAAAUUCGUCGUCGUCAAACGCCGGCUCAUCAUCAUCCUCAUCAUCGUCCUCGUCGGGAACAGGCGCUGGCACAGGCAUAGCCAUAGACGUUGCCACCGUUGCAACGGACAGUUGCGAUGUGGUGCAGCACUCGAAUACGGAGGCAACAGCAACGCCGCGCUUCAAUUCCACCUAUCUACCCGAAAUCAUAAAUCCACUGGAAUGGCAAAAGUCACGUAAGCGCAAAGAGCGCUUGGACAGCUGCUCGGCGAGCAGUCAAGAUCGCAAGCUACAGCGCAGCAACAGCGAGGAGCUGUUAACCGAACCGGAUCCAACAAUCAACACGAACUCAGCAUCCACAACAACAACAAUAGGAACACCAACAGCAGCAACAACACCCAAUCAAGCUCAGCUAACACAACGCUCUUCUACAAACUGUGACGUCAUACGGCGCGUCUCCUCGGAAGACUUCAAGCGCACGGCCAGCUUUGCCAGCUAUUGCCAGGAAUUUGAGCGCGAUGCAAGCGCUGAAUUGGCCACAGACAACAGCGAGCAGCAAGAGAACAAUGCCUCGUUGGCCAAUGUGCCAUUGAACAGUAACGCUGAGGUGCUUAAGGAUCGCGCGCGCUAUGAAACAAGCCCGGCGCGCUCUCAGCCGCAUUCGCCAGUGCGCAAUGGCAAGCAGCAACAGCAGCAGCAACUGCUGCAGCAGCAGCUGCAGCGCGAUGCUAGCGAUGACAGCGAAUGCGAGCACGAGCGUCGACGCAGCAGCGAACGUUUCUGCAAGUCGCGACAGCCGCCGGUGCGCAAAUCAGGCGUCAGCAAAAAGCCAAGCACAGCGGGCAAAUAUUUGCCCUCAAGGCGGGACGAGCAAAGCGCCUACAAAUACGAUCUGUCGGCGUUGAAGUACGAGCGACGCGGCUUCAUCAGCAGCAAGAAGCAACAGCAGCAGCAACAGCAAAGCACAACAUCAACCGUUGCUGAUCACAAUGACAACAAUCUCAUUGACUUCCAUCAGCAGCAGCAGCAGCAGCAGCAGUUUCAAAGCAAGCGCAGCACCAGCAUUUCGCCCACGCCCACCACGAGCAGCUCUUGCAGCUCGGCGGGCAGCGAUGAUACCACUCCAAAUCCAGCGCCCGUCAAGGCCAAACCACCUCAACGCCAACAGCAGUCACUCAAUCUGACCUCUGCCCAGGAAUCCCUGCCUUGGGUACGCGGCGAUGAGCCAGCGCCUGUGCUGAGUCGUCGCUAUGCCCACUCGAGACAUCAUGCCGGCGGCAAUAUUGAUGCAGCUGCCAAGCUGGCCAAGGUGAUGCCCUAUCCACAACAGCUGCCCAAGCAGGCGUCCAGCGUACAGCUGCUCAGCGAGGAUAUGGAUUGCCUGGAGCCCAUGGAUGCAGUGCGUGCGUUUAGCUCAUUGGAGAACAUGCGCACACGAGAUGUUAUGCAGCAGGUGGUGCCCGCUAUGAUGGCCUUCCAGACGCCCGAAGAGCGCGUCAAGGCCAUCAAUCGUCGUGUGACAGCACUUAAAAAGAAAUUGGUGCAGCUGGAAGAUUCGCUGGAACAGCGUCUGGGCUAUCGACCAUCCCAGGCGGAACGUUUGAAUGACAAAUACAUGAAGAAUGCACUCGCCGAGCUCAGCAAGCUGCGCAAGGAGCGUCACGAACUUAAGACUGAUCCCAUCUCAGCGCUGGGCUUGAAAGUGGGCGCCAGCGGCUGCGGUGCAGGCUACGCAGCCAGCGGCCAGGAGGCAGCCAAGAAACUGGAACGCAUGAAGCAUACGCUCAGCGAAAUCGAGCAGAAUCUCAGCGAGAAACGUACGCAGAAUCAUCGACCGCAGCAGCUGGAGGAGCUGACCUCGGAUCAGCUGGUACAGGAGAAGAGCGCCGUGCAGCAUGGUCUGCUGUACUUCGAGAGUCUCUAUGGCCAUCCCAUUACAAAGGAGGAACGCGAUGCGGCACGCCCACUCUACGAUCGUUACAGGCAGCUAAAGCGUUUGGUCUCCCGUCACAUUAUGUUUGGCGGUGGCGCCGGCGUGCAUGAGCUGCCCACGAUUUUGGAGCACGAGGCUAUGGUCUUCGAGGCGACAUCGACACCGCUGCAGUAUUCAUCGAAUAAUAGUACCGAGACUACGAACUCACCCAGCGAUUCCAUGGCGCCAAAUACCCUAACACAGAAUGCUUCCUCCGAUGAGUCGACCACAACGACAACAACAACCACAGCAACCGCCACAGAGUCAGCUCAGGCGGAGAAUAUAGCGGCGCUGAGUGUGGAUCAGCUGUGGGAGCAGCUGGAACGUGUGCGCGACGAGAAGAUGCUGCUAAAGGCUACCAUUAAGGAAUACGAGUCCAUAUUCGAGGAGCAAAAUGGACGCAAGAUGUUGAAGCCGGACCGAAAGAGUCUUGAAACGGAGACCUAUGCGCAAUACAAGGAGAAAAAGGCAAAGGUGCGCCUGCUGCAGGCGCUGAUCAAGAAGCACAUCGGACACUAGAUGGCGCCACAAACACCUACACGUACACACACAGUCAUACAAACUAUUUAUUUCAUACACA